UGCCCCGUCAUUAGUGUCAGUGGGGGGGAUAGUGUCCCAACAUUGGUGUCAGUGGGAGGAAUAGUGUUCCAUCAUUGGUGUCAGUGGGGGGAUAGUGUCCCAUCACUGGUGUCAGUGGGGGAAGGAAUAGUGCCCCAUUGCUGGUGUCAGUGGGGUUGGUGGAAUAGUGCCCCAUCGUUGGUGUCAGAGGGGGGCAGGAAUAGUGCCCCAUCAUUGGAGUCAGUGGGGGGAGGAAUAGUGCCCCAUCUUUGGUGUCAGUGGGGGGUGGAAUAGUGCCCCAUUGUUGGUGUCAGUGGAGGGUGGAACAGUUCCCCAUCAUUGGUGUCAGUCGAGGGUGGAAUAGUGCCCCAUCAUUGGUGUCAGUGGAGGAAUAGUGCCCCAUCAUUGGUGUCAGUGGGAGGAAUA